AUGAUCCCCAUCAUUAACCAAUAUGGAGACACAUUGUUGAAGUACCUGAACCAGGAAGUGAAGAAAGGCGCGCCUGUCACUGUGAAAGAAAUAUUGGGGAGCUACAGCAUGGAUGUGAUCAUUAGCACAUCCUUUGGAGUUAAUGUCAAUUCCCUCAACAAUCCAUUUGUGAAAAAAGCCAAGAGCAUCCUUGGUUCAGAUGUCCUCCAUCCAUUUUUUCUUAUAAUUAGUCUAUCUGAUCUGGAUAUUGCAGCCCAGUCUGUUAUCUUUAUUUUGGCUGGCUAUGAAACCACUAGCACCACUCUUUCAUUUAUUAUGUAUGUACUGGCCACCCACCCUGAUGUCCAGAAGAAGCUUCAGCAGGAGAUUGAUGAGACUUUGCCCAAUAAGGCACCUGUCACAUACGAUGUACUAUUUGAGAUGAAGUAUCUGGACAUGGUGGAGAAUGAAACUCUCAGAUUAUAUCCAAUUGUUGAGAGAAUUGUGAGAGUCUGUAAAAAAGAUGUUGAACUCAAUGGGGUGUUCAUUCCCAAAGGCACAAUUGUGCCUAUACCAACAUAUGGUCUUCAUCAAACUCUGUACUGGCCAGAACCUGAAAAGUUCUACCCUGAAAGGUACAGGGCUCCUGAGAAAGGNNNCAAUCCUUACGUAUACAUGCCCUUUGGAAAUGGACCCAGAAACUGCAUUGGCAUGAGGUUUGCUCUCAUGAGCAUGAAACUUGCUCUCAUCAGAUUACUGCAGAACUUCUCCUUCCAUCCUUGCAAGGAAACACAGGUCAGGACACUUUAUGAAAAA